UUCGCCAUCCUAGGGAAAAGAAAAUAUGGUACUGUCCCUUUAACAUAGCACGUGGUACUGGCAAACAUCCGGUAUACGGAAAAUGGAAACAAAAUUGCAACAAUGUAUUGACACACAGCUUUGACGUUUCGGUGUCUUGCCAAAUUUUUAUUGCGUUUUCGUAUAGUAUUUCCAUGUUGCUGACAUACGACGGAAUGACGUACAGUCACCCGACCCUUAAAACCGUUUGGACUCGCAGAUAAUGACGUUUGUUUCUCGACAGAUGGAGGCUGGCAGCCUUGUCUCAUGCAGGGAGGACAUUUCUGCGGUGUUCCCGGAGGAAACGCCGGAUGCCAAAUAUAAUGAUUUAAGCAGCCAGUUUUCCUCCGUGAGAAAAGUGCGCGGGGAUGGAAACUGCUUCUACAGAGCCUUCUGCUUCGCACACAUGGAGUCAGUCCUACACAGUGCCAGGGCUCUGCAGAGAUUCAAGGACCAAAUUAUUCAAACCAGCAAAGACUUGACCUCUGCGGGAUUUGAUGAGAGUUCCUUCAGGCACCACCUGAACACAGUCAUAAAUGUUGUAGAGCAGUGCCAGGCUGAUGAGCAGGAGGAAACACUGUUCAGGCUCUUCAAUGAGCAGGUGACCUCUGACAGUGUAGUGCAGUAUCUCAGGCUGCUCACUUCAGCACACCUGCAAAACCACGCAGACUUCUUCUGCAACUUCGUGGAGGCGCCCAAUCUGCAGGUCUACUGUCAUCAGGAAGUGGAGGUGAUGGCGAUGGAGUGCGACCAUGUGGACAUCCUGGCUCUGACGCAGGCUCUGGACGUUUGCAUCCACAUCGUCUCUAUGGAGGGCGAUGAACAAGAGUUGGCUCACCACAUCAUUCCAGAGGGCGCUGAACCCUCCCUGCACCUCCUCUACCAAACUUCACAUUAUAACAUUCUCUACCCACGACCUCGACCCUGACCACUGAUCCCUAAGGAAUCAACUCAACUCAGGAAUAUUGACUUUUAGUUGAAUAAAAUCCCAACUGGGCUUGAA